GCGAUCGAGUUUUUACUUUCACUGCUAGUAUUGCGAUAGACUGCGAAUAUUUUCAGAUGUAUAAGUACACCGAAUUACUGAAUAAAGUUUCAUAGGGUAGUCCGCGUCGAUAACGAAACCAUUCCUGAAGUGAAUCGAAGUGACAUGUGUCAGAAUCGAAUAUUGAUUAUUGUGCUGAUGACAUUAUUACUUCAUGGUGAAAUUAGUGUGUCAAUCGUAGAUGCCACAAUCUAUAGAUUCGUGCACGAUAUUGUUCAAUUUAACGUCGCAGGUGUACCUGCUGCGCACGAGAAAACAGAAUGGGACUUUGAUCCAGAAGACAGCAAACAAAGAAGAAUUCUGUAUGAACAGGAAAAUGGUCGUUUUGGGAAAUAUGCAAUAGCGAAACUAGGAAUGGGCAUUGGAUACAAAGGUCCAUGGGGAGAACUAGUGAAAAGUUAAACUUUAACAGUAAAUAUUGGCUAACUAUGAUUACGUUGACAACUUUCACCAUCCUCUUCCUCGCUCUUGUUGAUGAAAGUGUAGCUGUACUCGCGGAACCACAAGCACCUAAUUUUCAAUAUUUUGAACGGUAAGUGAAGCAAAUAUCUCGAAAUUUAAUUGUGGAAUAAAAAGUUAAACAAAAAUUAUUUACUUUGGUAUUAAAUAUCGGCAUCUAUGAUUUCAAAUGUUAUAAUGCAGUACUUUUCUAAAAAAAAAAUCUUAAAAAGUAUUAAAUAGUAUCGUAUAGUAAUUUUCAUCUUUACUUUUUAGGCCAAAGUACCGCUAUCCUUAUUAUGAUGAAAACGGUAAAGGAAAGCUGUUAUAUGGCUACGGUGGACCGGAAUUAUAUCAAUAUAAAACCUAUAGUGUUCUUGAAGGAAUUCAUUAAAUGAUCAUUUUGUUUAAAUUUUUAGAAAAUUGAAUAUAAAAUAUCAGUAUACAUAUAACGUAAUAUACACGAACAUGUGAUUAAUUCAUUAAAUAUACUCAUGAAACAUUAA